AGUGAUGGUGCUUCUCUUGCCUUGCUCUCACCAGCCACGCCAUUCACCAAGCUGACUGCUGUUUUUGUUGCGCGCGAACUCAAAGAGCCUUUGGCAUGUCGCCUGCGCUAUCGCUCACAAUUUUCCUCUCGUAGUAUCAUCGUGGUUUACCCGCCGCACCUCCUCUCUCCUCAUCUCGCCUACUCCCUCACCCCAUCUCUCCGCCGCGUCUCUCCGCUUCGCAUUCCCCACGGCGCAUCUUUCGCUCCCCAUUCCCUAGCCCGUAGUCCCCUAGUCCCCUACCCGCGACCCCUCCGCCAUGUCGUGGUUCCGCUCGGCGCUGAGCAUCGGCGCGGAGGCCGCGAAUGCGGGUGGCAAGGCGGUGGGGACGGGGUUCGUGCGCGCGAGCUCGUUCGCGUCGUCCGUAGUGCAGCGCGCCGGCGACGCCGUGCUGCUGGCGGGCGACGCCGUGGAGCACGGCGCCAAGAUGGUGUACGAGCACGCCGAGCACGCCGUGGGCGGCACGUCCGCGCGGCAGCAUAACAGCUUCCGCCACGCGGUGCGGCGCAUAGAGGAGGUGGCGAUGCUGGCGCGCGGGGCGGAGCGCAAGGAGGCGCUGCUGCGCUGGCUGGGCGCGCUGGCGGACAUCAGCGCGGAGAGCGAGCAGGCGGAGCAGGGGGAGAAGGAGCUGGCGGCGCUGCAGCAGCUGGGGAUGGGGCUCGCGCUGGGGGGGGACGGCGCGGGGGGGGGUGGGAGCAACGGAGGAGGGGGGAAGGGGAAGAGUGAGUCAGAGGAAGGGGGGGCGGGAGAGGCAGUGGCGGCAGAUGAGGGCGCUGGGGAGGCGGGGGAGGUCGCAGAGGAGAGUGCAGCGGUGAACAAGGCCGAGGCGACUGGACCGCCUGCUGCCGCUCAUGGUGGUGGCGGCACCACCCUCUGCCCUCCCCGCGCACCCAGGCGAAGAUGUCUCGGGUGUUGUUCCACGACCCCCAACGCGCCCCACCAGGCGCUCACCUUCCGCGAUGUCUUUCUCCACAGCCAGGCGCUGGAGAACGUGGUGGCGUCGCUGGUAAUGGACCCGGGUGAUGACGAGGAGUACUGGCUGCUCAGGAACCUCUUCAGGUGCUCUCCUCGCUCUUUGCUUACCCUCCUCCCUUUUGCGCCCCAGAAUCCCGGACAUAAUUCCAGUGAGCGCAGUUAGGAAGGCGGUUUAGCAAGUAGGAAAGACAGUUGUAAAAACGCUAUGCUUAUGUAACCAAGAGUUUUAGGAAAGCAGGAGCUCUUCUCUUAACAGCGAAGUUAACAUGGGGCAAACGUGUUUCGGCUUGUAGGGAAAUCCCUAGCGAGCCUUCAUCAGUGCCAAUGAGAACGUGCGAGCAAAGCAAAGCCCCUAAGUAGAAGGUAAGCAUCCAACAAACUGAACUCUAGGUUAUCUUCACCCUAGUCAACCCAAAAGUUUCGGGGACCAAUCCAGGCCAUCCUGGUGAAAAACCGAGGGGGCACAUCUUCAAUCCUCGAGGGUGUCUUGAAAAGAAGAGAGAGAUUACUGUUGCUUGCGUAACUGGUUGGUGGCGAUGUUGGCGAGGAGUUCGGGCCGAUGAGCGAAGAUGACACUCUUGAAGAGUGGGUGCAGAAAAAUCGGCGGGUAACCGCGGUCACGAAGUCAAUGGAAGAAGGCAAACUUCGUUGCGAGGAAGGUCGUUGCUGAGGUCGAGCGAAGUAGAUACCGCUUCAGCUAGUACGAAUGAAACCUUCCUUACAGUGACGCAGGUGGAUGGAAGGAGGAAAAAGGAAGAUAAGUGAUACUUGUUCAUCGGCUUUUGGAAAUUGCCCCUUGAAAAGGACCAUGUCGAGGAAAUCCGUAGAGCUGUCCGAAACAUUCCAAGUGAUCCGUAUGUUAGGAUCGAGCGCGUUGAAGGUAAGCAGGUAGUCCUCCAGUUCUGCCCGCGUCCCUGGCCAGAUGAUAAGGCCAUCGUCGAUGUAGCGCACGUGGUAGAGAGGUUUAGUUCCGGUUCAUCUU